CAAAAACAAAUUGAGGAUCCUCUCUGUGAAAUUAUAUCGGAUCCUCAAGACAACUGUUGCGAGAUUGUCGCUUGUGAAUCCUCUGACGAGAAUGUUACUACAGUAGUUUCUCCUCCUAUGGGAUUUGAAAAUAAAUACCGAGUUAUGAAAAAAAUCAAGAAGGAAAAACAAUCGACCAAGUCUGACUGGAUAGAUAGAGGACAGCAAGGAAUCAGUACAGAGACUGUGAUGGAGAUGGACAAAGAACCAACUGAAAAGAACAGCCAUGUGUCGAAUGUACUGCUUGGGAUUGAUGAAACACAGAGUAACGAUCUCUUGGAUGAAGAAAAGGCUACAAGAAACCAAACAGUGGAAAUGAAGAUGAAGAACACGACCGACGAGAAUGAAAACGACAAAGAACUGGAGUUGGAAGGAACUUUGAGUAUCAAUCCAGCGAAUAACGAGGGAUUGACGACACAGUUGACGAUUUCUGGUGAGAAUGACGUCACUGAAAAGUCAGACAUUGUGGAGCAUAUUAAUGGCGUGGAUGUAAUAGAGGAAACAACUGUAGAAGAAGACAAUAUGAAGGAUGCAGCAAACAUUUCAUCGAGAUCCGAACAUUUUAAAGAUCUAAAGGUCCCAGUGAGACAGGAUGGUUGUAAGUUUAAGAAUGAGACAUACAAAACUGGAGAAAUGUUUAUGGAUGGUUGUGAAGCUUCGUGUACUUGUGAAGGAGGGGGCCGUAUUAUGUGUGUACCUCGUUGUUCCCUGGUGGUAACUAGUGGCCCCAACUGCAGGGAAUUACCCGACCCUAGUGACCCAUGUUGUCGCAUCAUGGUCUGCGAGCCCGAAGGCCCAUCUCAAAAUCUUCCAGAUCUUGCAGGUCUGUUGGUGAAGAUCGAGUCUGCUGAGGCCCUGAACGCGAGUUUUGUCCGACUUCGUGUUGUCAUCACUCCAGAGAAAACGAAUACAGAGAGAGAGCACUCUGAUAUGAUGAUUCAAGUGUGGUAUGCACAUACUACGGAAUCUCGACAAGGUCCAAGUGACAACAAGUGGAUGAAACAGAAGUUCUUCCUGAGAGAUCUUCUAUUGGUCGAACCAGGUGUUUAUGAUGUUAACAUUCAUGGCUUAGAACCGAACUCGCAGUACUAUAUCAAGGUGAUGAAACAGCCUAAGGGAGGUCUGGUAGACACUGUUCCAGCUGGACCUCUGUUCAGCAACACCGUAAGCGUGAAGACCUUCCCUCCACAGGUGCAGGGAGUUUUCCAGGGAUGCUUCCAUCACAAUAUGAACUACGAUCUGGGGCAGGUGUUUUACGACGGUUGUGAGUUGAAGUGUGUGUGCAGAGAAGAGGGUCGUAUUUACUGUCAAGACAGAUGUGAAAUCUACGUAGACACCGUAGGAUUUGAAGAAUGCAAGUGGGGGCCGGCACCAGAUGAUCCAUGUUGUACUAUUCCCUAUUGUAGAGACCAGAUUGAUGAAUUGAAAAAAAUGACUGAACCCCCUGCUUUACCAACUCCGCCAUCACAUGCUAUGUGUACAUCAGAAGAUGGAGUACACCACCAGCUGGGUGACACAUGGGAACUAGAAUCAGGCUGUAAACGAAGAGUGUGCACUUGCGUUUUGAAUUCCAAAGGUUCAACAAUGGUCAAAUGUGAAGGAGGGUGUCCACCAAUCCCAGCCGAUGCCCUUCAGCCUAGUCCAGACUGCCCACAGCCCGUUAUGAUCAAUCCAGAUGAUCCUUGCCUGUGUCCCUACAUUGUCUGUAAUAAUGCUGUGAAUACUCUUAGUGCUCCCAUGCCCAUGUGUGAAUUCAAAGGCAAGUCGUAUCAUGUUGGAGAAGAAUUCUAUGACAACUGCAGAGCAGUUUGUCACUGUGGCCCUGAUCUACAGGCCAAUUGUGCCAUUAUUGAAUGCCCUCAUCACUUUGCCCCUCAUGUCAGUGAAUGCUUGGAAUGGGACAUUGACCCAGUUUUUGUACCCAAACCUCCAAACUGUUGUCCACCACCAAAAUGUAUAAAUGAUGGUUCCUGUAUGGUGAACGGUGUUCGAUUUAAAAAUUUCCAACCCAUUCCUGAUGACAAGAAGGAUUGCGGUAGACGUUGCGUUUGCGUUAAUGGGAACGUCACUUGUGAAGACAGGUGUCCCCCAUUAGGGAAUAUUCCUCCUCCAAAUUUACCUUGUCCCCCGACUUUAGCAUAUAAGGGACAAUACCCUGGUGAUAAGUGUUGUAUGCACUGGAUGUGCAAAGAACAAGAGCGACAAGCUUUCUGUUAUCACCGCGAUAGACGGUACAGACUCGGGGAGAACUGGGAAGUGUUGAAAGGCUCAGUGAGGAGGCAGUGCUUGUGUCGCGAAGAUAACAAAGGGAACUCCAAAGUGGAAUGUGUGGGAGGCUGCCAACCAAUUCCAGAGAAGUUCAAGCAGCCCAACCCACAGUGCCCCCGUCCAGUGCUGGUUACACCCGAUGACCCUCUAAUAUGUCCUUAUAUUGUCUGUAACAACACGGACUCAGGAAAAGAACUUCAAAACGUGAAUGUCAUGGCGGUGAAUGCUACAACAGCUAGAAUAAGAUUCACCCUUCCUUCUCUCCUUGUGGGGCUCGUUGGCCACGCUGAGCUACACUUCACAACCGACCCAUCCACCCCAGAAUCGGAGUGGAAAGUACAGAAGUUUGCUCGUCCUAACCGUUUGUUUGAUACUUCGAACAUCGAAUACUACAUGAGUGGCUUACAUCCAGAAACUACGUAUUUCUUCCAAAUCCACAUCAAGAUCGAUGCUCUCCAGAACGGACCGAAAAGUGAAAUUUUCAAGCUCGUUCUUCCAUCACUGACAACAACGACCUCCACCACAACAAGCACGACCUUACCUCCGAUGAUCAUGUUGGAUGCAAGACUAACAUCAGAGAGUAUCGACUCCAACACCGUGCGCGUAAUCUGGAGGGACUUCGAACCUCAAGAGAAGCGUUUUAUAGAUGGAAUUCGACUUAAGUAUAAAUUGGUCAAUGAAGGUGAAGACCGUUGGAAAACAACUCCCAUCAUUCAUCGGGAUGUAACGUCAUACAUCAUCAGAAACCUAAUGCCGGGGGUCGCCUAUAUUGUAGACAUCGAAUUUAUGACUCCAGGGGACAUCCUUACGCAUCUCGUCUCAACCAAACCGGUGGAGAUAAAAACGAUACCAAAACCUAAAGAUAUAUAUAACUUUGAAGUGAAGCUGGACCAAGGAAUUGUUGGGCCGUAUUCCACAGAUUUUGUUCUUCAAGGAGUUCCAAUCCCUAUCAGUAAAUAUGUUCACGUUGUUCGGGUGAUGUACAAUAGUGACACCAACUCGGAUCAGGCCCAGAUUUUCAAAGUACCAAAAACAAAUAAAAUUUCUAUUGAGAAUUUAGAACCUGGAAAAAGGUACAAGCUGUGGGUUGAUCUUUAUUUGACCAAUGGAAAAACUGUAUCAAGUGACGUCAUUGACUUCAUGACAAAGGCAGGAGCUCCUAAACCACCAACUACUAUCAAAAAUGGAAAAGAAGACGUUGUGAAAGAAGCAGAGGCCCUCCAGGGAACAUCUAAUGACAGUAACACCAAGAAGGCCUACUAUGUUGCCCUGAUUAUUGUGGCUAUUGUUGCAGCUGUGGCUGGUCUGGGAUUUAUUGUAUUGUUGAUUAUCCUUAUGAAAAAACAGUCGAGUGCUAAGGCUCCAAUUACGCGUGCACCCUCUGAAUCAGCUUAUGACAAUCCUACUUAUAAGACGUACGAUGGUGACAAUACAGAACAGAAGAAUGGAACAGUGCAACCCUAA